CCCCCCCAAGAUCCUUCUCCUCCCAUUGACCCCCCAGAUCCUUCUCCACCAUUGACCCCCAGAUCCUUCUCCACCAUUGACCCCCCCAGAUCCUUCUCCACCAUUGACUUCCCAGAUCCUUCUCCACCAUUGACCCCCCAGAUCCUUCCCCACCAUUGACACCCCAGAUCCUUCUCCACCAUUGACCCCCCCCCCCCCAGUUUUACCCCUCUACCCCCAAGUGCAGAACCUUACAUUUAUCACCAUUAGCCCUCAUUGGCCCCAUAGUCCCCCAAUUACAC